CGGCACAAUCACAUUGCCAAACACACCUCGGUUUGCCACACUAGUCUGUUUACCACAGAGGCACAGAAGACCAACGAUGAACGCGGUUUGUGCUUGGAGCGCGCUGAUUACAACGAUCGUCGUCACCAGCAGUGGGGCGAAGGUGGGACCGUACAAGGAGCACGUCUUUAGAACAAAGAUCGACCAUUUCGGUUUCCACAACAAUGAGACCUUCGAGAUACGCUACGCCGUCGCCGAUCAGUUCUGGGAUGCCAAAAGGGGACCAAUAUUCUUCUACGCUGGGAACGAGUUCUUCAUGGAGAGCUUCAUUGAAAACACGGGCCUCAUGUGGGAAUGGGCGCCCGAGAUGAAAGCACUCAUCAUUUUUGUUGAACACCGAUUUUACGGCAAAUCGAUGCCCUUCGAUCAAGAAUCCUCAAAGAGACUCCCUUACCUGGGCUACUUGACCACGGAGCAAGCUCUGGCCGACUACGCCGAUUUACUGAUCCACAUCAAGGGUACGCUCCCCGGUGCGGCAAACUGUCCCGUCGUGGCAUUCGGUGGCUCGUACGGCGGAAUGCUGGCAGCUUGGAUGAGAAUGAAAUAUCCCCACCUUGUUACUGCGUCACUUUCAAGCAGCGCGCCCCUUCUCAUGUUUCCGGGGCUCUCGCCAUGCUCUGCUUUCAACCGAGCCAUCACGUACGCCUACGGCCAAGAAGGACCGCUCUGUGCCAAGACAGUCCGGAAGUCGUGGGCUAUCAUUGAAUCGAAAUUCUCUUCAGAUGAAUCGGUCAAGGCUUUACGCAACAAGUUCAAGCUGUGUCAAGAGCUUCGCACUACCGACUACGUCAAGUUGCGAGAUUGGCUGCACGACGUUUACAUGGUCCUGGCCAUGCUGAACUACGUAGAUGCUUCAACCCUCCUGACUCCUCUUCCUGCUAACCCUGUCAAGGAAGCGUGCAAGUUCCUGCAAAGUAGCUUUGCUAGCGACGAAGCCAUUGUGGAUGCCGUCGCCAAGACGGUCAACCUAUACUUCAAUGGCACGGGGGAGCGUAGCUGCAACGACAUUGACAUCUUUCACGUGAACCAGACGUCAUGGAGGUUCCAGGAAUGUACUGAGCUGACGAUGCCGACGUGUAGCGACGGCAUCACAGACAUGUUCUACCCUCAAGUGUGGAACAGCACAAAGUUCGCCCAGGGAUGCGAGAGAAAAUUCGCUGUUCGGCCGGACUUCUAUCGAGGCGUUAUGUCUUUCGGCGGGAAGAACGUUGGAUCGGCGUCUAACAUUAUAUUCAGUCACGGAGACUUGGAUCCGUGGUCCUCCGUGGGCAUCCGCGACUCGCCGUCCGACAGCCUGCCGGUAAUCAUGAUCUCGGGCGCGGCACACCACAGUGACCUCAGGUUCUCGACGGACAGCGACCCUGUCGCCCUGAAGGCGGCUCGGGAGCUGGAGAAGGCACACGUGUUACGGUGGCUUGCGCAGGCGGCGCUAGCCGACGCCAAGGAUCGAAUCGCCAACGCUGUGCACGAACGUCCACUGCUCAAAUACUUCUUCUGAAGACGACACUUCACACAGACGCUGUUUACGAACUCGACUCAACUCGACGCACCAACUCAAUUCAAGCUACUUUCACGUGAACCUGGUAAAGCCGAGUCAAAUCGGCUUUUCUGACCGAAAUCUAGUUGUUGGGCUCAUGUAAACGCUAGCUGGUCGGUCCAAGCGAGCAGUGGGGGCAAGUUCGGUCAACCCGCCUGCAAUGGGUCGGUCCAUUCGCCUAACUCGCUUGGCGAGAUGCAUGUAAACGCGGUCAGGUCAGGCUGGAUCAGCUCAACUUCUGAUGCAGCAGCAAAAAGGUUAAACUGCGCGAGGAAGACAAGACGUGAACAGAAAAAUAGACGCACACACAAAUCGCAGUGGUAAAAGCGGCUUGUUCCUCGUUCUUGGGAGGUCUAAAAUAGCCCGGGGUAAAAGGAAUACACUGAAGUAAGGCAUGUUGUUUGGCUAGCCGGUUCAUAGAUUCAGCAAAACUUUAAACUGCGCGAAGAAGGCAAGACGUGAACAGAAACAUAGACUCUCACACAAAGCGCAGACUGAAACUGAAACAGACGCACACACUGCUGUUUGUGUGUGCGGCUGUGUUUGUGUUCACGUCUUGUCUUUUUUGUGCAGAUUAAAAUUUUGCUAAAUCUAUGAACCGACUCGCCAAACAACAUGCCUUACUUUGAUUUCUGAGCCUUGACACGAUCCGCUCGCGUCACGUUUGUGUAAACGUAGGUUCAGUCGAGAAGUGCGAAGUGCCACAUUUAGGCCCGUUGGGCCCCUAUGGAGGGUAGUGGGUUCUCGGAUUCAACGGCGGCCCCCAAUAAAGACACUCAGAGCCCAAACAGCCGAGGUUUAAUCGUCUUCCUGCGAGCCCAGGACAGUUAUGACCACUGGGCACAUAGAAAAUUUACUACAGAGAACUCUGGUCGUUCUGCUAACAUGGGAUUGGUGGAAAGUUUAUGGAUUUGUUCAAUAUUUGUGCUUGUGACUUCAACUGUUCUUGCAUCGUUAUUUCUUACGCUUUAUUUUUCUAAUGUUUCCACGCAGUCAUAGUUCUCUAACACAGAAUAAGUCUUUGCGCUCAUGCAUAAUUAUUGCAAAACUUGACUGCUUUAUGUUUCUAAAAUUUUGAGGCAGUCAUAAAUUUCUAAACACAAAAUAAGUAUCUGUGGAUAUGCACAAUAAUUGAGAAUAGUUGCACUUGUAACGCAAUAUUUUCUUGAACAUUAUAAAUUUGCGAAGUGAGAAAGUCGUUCCAAGCAAGAAAAAUCCGGCUUAAUGACCCUACUCGUCACUCCUGUAGACCUGUAGACAUUUGCGUCGGAGUUCCCUCUAGUGAUUUCUGUAGGAAACUUUAUGACUGGGUAAAGCAUUCCGAGCACGCGCACCGCAGGUUGGGGCCGUCCUGCGCCACGGGCAGUAGUUCCUUCAGAAGCUUGCAGCAUGUCGCGGCAGACUCAGGCGUGUGCUCGCGCGAGCAUAUACUAUUGCGCACAGCAAGCCCAGUCUACGUGCACAUGAACCCGACGCGUGAGGAUCGAGUCAGAAAUCGGGCUGAAUGAGUCCGACGUGACGGCGUCUACAUAAACCGACUGCUGACGAUAUUGGACAACGGCGACAUGCAACGUCGAGCCGAGAUAUCAACGCUUCCAACAGGGCUUCCGGUUGUCGCAGCCGUCUGCUACAGCUCUGUUUCAUGGAAUAUUAUGGUUGCCAUGAGCUUGCACUGCACAGUGCUCGUCUUUGACUUGUUCCGAUACGAUUCCCUCUGCCUGCGCCUCAAAUGCUCACGCCUCAGUGGUCCCCACUCAAGUGUCAGCACUAGCUGGCCCGACCCGUCCACUUUUGCA